AUGAGCGAUGUUGCUGGCGUGCGAGUGUGGGAACGCUCCAGGAGGGCAACGCGACGACGAAGUCUAUCCAAUGCUUUCGGCGUCGAACACGAACAAAGCGCUACCCAAGCGCAGCUCAGCGAGAAUGGAUCUAUAGCCCCCACGCUAAUGCUGCUGCCGCUUAAGGCAGAACGAGAAGAAAGCAACCAGGAUUGGAAUGGACGCCGGAAAUCCCAGCUGGAAGCCUCCUGUUAA